CUUCUUUUGAGCCUCGCACCUUGGUUUUGUGCUAUGACGGGACGAUGUUGUCAGACUGAAAUGGCAAAUCAAGCUGUGUAAUUAUGCCAAUGUGUUCUUGCACACUCGAGGAUGCCAUGGGAUAGUUCAUUAACAUUGACAAGAGCCCAGAUUCAGAUCAUAUGACGAUUCGGAUGGUGAUCGAACCAGUGAUCUCAUAUUCCACCUUUACGGCCAGGACCUAGCGCAGCUCUGAAUAGUACGCCUACAGAUAUCGACCAAAUGCCCUAAGGCUGAUUUCCGAUGACCAGUCACCAGAUGGUACGAACAAACGAAGAAUGGGCGGCGCUGAUAUCGACCAAAGUAUCAGAUGUUCAGAAAGCAGGGCCCAAGCCCAUAGCGACUACUUUACAUAUUACUUCCCCCAAUGCUGAAUUCGCUCGCACGAUCGACCAUACGCUUCUCAAACCCGAUGCGACUCCUGCUCAAAUUGAUAAGCUGUGUGAUGAAGCUAUCAAGUUCAAGUUCAAGUCCUGUUGUGUAAAUGGUACGAAUAUCCCCCAGGUUACUGCUCGUCUUGCUGGAACCUCUACGAUACCUUGCGCCGUGAUCGGAUUCCCCCUCGGCGCAUCGAAGACGGAAGUCAAGGCAUUUGAAGCAUCUCAAGCCAUAUCAGACGGUGCCAAGGAGAUCGACAUGGUCCUCAAUGUCGGUGCCCUCAAAGCAGGGAACUACUCUCUCGUAUUCUCCGAUAUUCGCGCCGUUGUUCUAGCUUGCGGGACUACACCACUCAAAGUUAUUCUCGAAACUGUCUUUCUGACCGAUGAAGAGAUCACCGCAGCGUCGUUCAUGGCCGCUAAUGCGGGAGCAGCAUUCGUGAAGACGUGCACAGGCUUUCUGGGCGGCGGGGCAACCACAAGGCAUGUCUCUCUUAUGCGGACGGCGGUGGCUUUCAUGCCAGGCGUGCAGGUCAAGGCGUCGGCUGGGAUCCGGAAUUUCGAAAAGUGUGUGGAAAUGUUGGAAGCUGGGGCGGAUAGGAUUGGGACUUCUUCUGGUGUCGCGAUCAUGGGAGAAGGUACGAGUGAAACGGGAACGUAUUAAGCAGACUCUUGGGUGCCGGCAGUAAUAUCAUACGAGAUGAUAGAGCAGCGAUACCAACCUGGUAAAUAAAUCCGAUGGUCAGUCUCGAAAUGUUCACGAAAACAAAUAAGCGAAACUGU